CAACCUUCUUUUACCGUUCACGCGCUCCGCCGUGUCCACAGCUCACAUCCACGCUCCACCACCGACGCCGCCGUGUUCUCUUCCCAAUGAGAGGUGCCUUCUUCUUCUCUUCUCCCACAACCACCACUACAGUCACUCACACUUUCCACAAUGACCAUCCUACCCAGCUUUCCGAACACACUUCCUUCCAGAUUCCCGUCCAGUCCCCGUCCGAUGAUCAAGAAUCCGCCGCUGCAGCCGUUACGAUACAGUCGGCUUACCGCUCUCACGUCGUCCGCAAGCUCGUCAAGAAGAUCUCGGCCGUCAAUCGCGAAGCUAACUAUCUCCAACGCCUCAUCCAACUCCAGGAGACGGUUGAUGCUGUGAGAAGCAACGAGCGGGAGAGGAUCAGAAUCAACGAAGCAUUGAUGGAAUUACUGUUCAGAUUAGACUCUGUCCCCGGUUUUGAUCCAACGGUCAGGGACUUGAGGCGACACGUUAGCCGUAGGAUUGUAGGGUUGCAGGAGAUACUGGAUGCGGUUUCGGAUGCCAAAGUGGAAAGCUGGGACGGUUUCAUGAGGGACUGGGAUGAUGUUCUCGAGAAGAUCGAGAGCGAAGUGUGCAAGGAAAGAGGGAAUGGAGAUCUGGAGAGGUUUUGUGCUGAGCAUUUGGGAUUUCGAUGCCUUCAACAGUUUCUUCGUGACCAGUGGUGAUAACUGAUAAGUGUAAUGGUGCUCUAUCUCUCUAUAUAUGCACAACACUUCUUAUAGAUCCACUACCAGAACUAAACUGCCUUGCUUUCUGUAUAUAUAAAAGACAAAUGUUACACUGCAAAAAAAAUAGAAUUCUGAGUAGAUUUGCCUUAUGGCCUGGAUAUCAUUUUGCUUUUAUUCCACUCUAAGUUGCCUGGAACAGUGACAUAUAUAUACAUUAAUUUUGUCAAUUCCCCAGUUGGAAUACUUUGUUUCAUUUUUGUAAUGUUCUGUAAGGCUAUGAGCCUUCUGAUUUGAGAGAAUUAAUUUUCUGAACUCUGAAUUCUGAAUGAAGAUUGGCAGCUGGAAAUGGUUGCCAGAACAACAUCAAAUUAUAGUCCAAGGUAAGUAAUCAAUAAAACUGAUCGGAAAAAGUACUCUUUGUUGUACGUGUUAUGCAAACCAAAGCUCUUGGUAGUUAUUGGGUGGUUUGGCAAUUAGCUGAUUAGUUGAUUGUGUUAGUUGUUUUGACUAGCUGAUAGUCAUAGAUUCGUUUUCAAGCUGCUUAUUAAUAUUCUCGUUUCUGAUUUAGUCUUCUAGAUAACUAGAUUAGCUGAUAUUGGAUUUCCUGAAGAUUGUUUUGUUCAUUAUUGUGGACAUAUUUGAUAUUUUUUGUGUGCAGAACGAAGAUGAUUAGUCUCUCUCAUGCACACACAGACACAACAGAUAUAUGCCAAAUUGUCAAAAGCCUUGUGGUUGAGUUGUAUAAGUUUGCGACGUUAGGUAAGAGUAACAGAUUUUAUCCGCAACCCCUUCAAAUGUAUCAAAAAAGACACCACACACAUAUAUAUAUAUCAUGCAGUGCAGGACAGCAGAAUCCAGAAACUGAUAUGGACAUUAUAUUGAAAAAAGGAGUGUUGAAGCACCAGUUCUGAUUCAUGAAUAUUAACUGAGAUCUUGGAUAAACCAAGUAGCUAGCAGGUAGACCUCUGUUUCAGGCAGAACAGCUGCAUUUGCAUGGAGACAAGCAGUUCUUGCAAUCAGACAACCUUGGAUAGCCGCCAUUGCAGUCGCAUUUCUUGCUGCACUUGGAGCGCGAGGAGCCACCCCACAGACACUGAGCCAUGCAACACAUGAUGGUUGAACAUUUUGGGCAAUCUUUCAUGGUGUGCUUAACUAUGCAGUCCCGGCAUCCCCCGCUAUCUGUAUCACAGGCUGAAGAAAGGGAUGGCAUCUCCCAUAGCAUCAGCAGUAUCAGAGUGCACGCAAAGAUCAACUGAGGUAAAGAUUCAACUAUUCAGAACCGUUGGAUUAGAGUGUGAUGGUUCAAAGGUUUUGACUUCAGUUCAUGAGUCUGUGUAGGCAUUAAAUCCCCCAUUAAUGUGGUUGCUUCUCUUUUAUCUUGAAGUUGGCUAUGCCUUGGGUUGCUCAAUUUCUCAUCUCCUCGUUAUGUCCCAAUUCAUAAACUUUUCCUUCCACCCACCUUCUUGUCAAAACUAAUGUGUUUGAGCUGUCAUAUGAAGUCUCUUGUCAUUUAUUA